GGAGAAGGAUUGAGAAAGAGAUGGGGAUGAUCAUGAGCUUAAUGGGAAAAGGAUCGCCAUCAAAUCAGAUGUUGAAUUUGGUGACGGGAACACUUUACCAUCGAUUCUUGGACAAAGAUAUCAAAAGCUUUGAGGACUUCCACUUAGCCAUUCUUGACAUCUUCAACACAUUCAAUUCAGCAUUGCCUGGAAAACACUAUGAUGCUCCAUCGAGGCAGUUAGUAGAGGAGUGUUUUGCGAAAUGGAAAGAAGGUGGAACGAAAGAAGAAAGAAAGGAGAUUUUCGUAGAAUUUGUGAGGAGAAAUGCAAGCCUGAGCAAGUUGGACAAUUCUUCAAUUAUCACAGGUCUAGUAACACCCCCAGCAGCCAUGGUAGUAAAGAAAGCAGGAGAGAAAGUGCCACAACUUAGUAUGGUGAAGGUCAUACCCGACGUUAUAUUUGUACCAUCCGCCACUGUUUUAGCCCUCGUUUUUGUCAAGCUUUCCAGAAGAAUCUUCCCCAAGAACGUUUCUGCUGUCCCUUCCACUCCUGAGACUGCAUAGCUCUCAGGGAACAAACACCAGGCUCCUCAAAGUUGAAUUCCAAUUUACAUUCAUAGAACUUGAUCACCAUGUCUGUAAAUUUUAUUUUAAAUAAUUGCCCCACUUUAUCAAAAUUCUCGUGUACAUGUGUUUCGAUUAUAUCAAACAAUCUCGACUUUCAUCUUCAA